GGCCGAGUACUAAUUAACUGCCGCCGUCGUGCGACAAUCAACUCCCCGUCCCGCAAUGAGUGACACCGGCUUAUCUCCGACCGGAACGACCCGCAACCGACGACGACGAGAAGCUGACAGUGGCAGAAUUAUCGUCAUCACUGACGCCGGAAGCACCAGUGACGGACCGGCCGAUGAAAGUGGUCAUUUGUCUUCAUCAAAAUGGGGCCCUGCUGACGUGGCCACGACGAUGACAGUGUCGCCGGCUCCGAACGCCACCACCCGCCAACCCGUCCGGACACCGGUGUCCUACCCCUUGCUGUUGUUGUUGUUGUGUCUGUAAAGUUUGUGCCCGAAACGGACUAAAAUGUGACAGCCGCGGCACUCCAAAACUGGUCAAAGUAGGCUAGCGAAAUCCAACUCCUUCGUCACAUUCCUACCCCCUACCGCGGUGAACUCGAACAAAAACAAUGUAAAAAAAAAAACUGUCAAACUGUCUUACCCCUCGCGCGCGCUCUAUCUGUCAAAACAAAAAAAAACGUAAACAAAACGCCUGCACCACUUGUGUCACCAACAAAGCAAAGCAAAAAACCGUCGGGAUCCGCCGAAAAGUAUGAUCCAUCUGUACCCGCUGGAGGAGCAUCCACAUUUUUGUUCAUUUUACUGGGGCGGUUUCAACGGGAGCACCCUUGCGGCGGCGACGGCCGGUAGCACCAGCGACUUUAUCACGCCCGCCAGCAUCAACUACGAUGGGACGCUACGCAGUGGGCUGUACGAGGACCCACGGAUCGAGAACUUGCGCAAGAUCUCGUACGGCGUGGCGCUGCCCAUCAUUUGCGCCCUCGGCAUCGUCGGGAACGUGCUGAACCUGGUGGUGCUGACCCGCCGGAACAUGCGCGGCACGGCGUACAUCUACAUGCGGGGCUACUCGGCGGCCGCCCUGCUCGCCAUCAUCUUUGCGAUUCCGUUCGGCAUGCGGAUGCUGAUCCACCGGGACUCGGGCCGGUGGCGCAACUUUGGGACGGCCUUCUACCACGCCCACCUGGAGCUGUUCCUCGGGAAUGGGUGUCUGGGGGUCGGCGUCAUCAUGCUGCUGGUGCUGACGAUCGAGCGGUACGUGUCGGUGUGCCACCCGGGCCACAUCCGGCGCAUCUGUCCGCCCCGCGUCACCGUUGUGCUCAUCCCGGUGCUCACCUUUCUGAUCUACCUGCCGUCGGUGCUGCGCGGCGAGAUCGUCAAAUGUGUCUUACAAUCCGAUGGAACAAUAAUGUAUCAUAAGCGCGAUAAUAUGAAGUUUUUAGACUCGUUGUUUUACUCGAUUUACAAGGUGAUAUUGGAGAUCGUGUUCAAGCUGGCGCCGACGGUGCUAAUCGCCGGCUUCAACCUAAGGAUAAUGAUCGUGUACCGUCGUACCUGUGAUAAGCGCCGCCGCAUGACGCUGUCCCGGAUCAACACCAAGGACGAGGAUCCGCGGAAGUUUGCCGAGGAGCGGCGGCUCAUGAUGCUUCUUGGCAGCACCUCGCUUCUCUUUCUGAUCUGCGUCUCUCCGAUGGCACUUCUCCACGUGACACUUUCGCCGGAACAUCUGUCCAGCUAUUCCUUCCAGCUCUUCCGAGCCCUUGCCAACCUGAUGGAGCUGAUCAACUACUCGCUGACGUUCUACAUCUACUGCCUGUUCAGCGAGGACUUCCGGAACACGCUCUUCCGGACGAUCCGGUGGCCCUGGUUCGAGAAGCCGCUCUACAACCGCGGAACCGAGUUCCCCCUAAAGCACCCCGCGUCCGGAUCGAUCCUGAACGGCCACCUGCACCACCACCGCCAAUCGAACGGGAAGCGCCGACUCGCGAACGGUUCCUCCCCGGCCAACGGUUCCCUCCUGCACCCCUCCUCGAACCUGCACAGUCCGCACCUGUCGCCGGCUUCCGGCUGUGGUGGCGCCGCCGACCUCCACCACCUCCAGCACCAGCUCCUUCUGACGGCCACUCCGACGACGACGAUGACGACGGCCACGGCCAGCAGCACGCCCCAGCAUCAGCACCAUCUGCAAGUCACGUUGACGGCCGCGACCACGACGACGACGACGACCACCUCCGGCGGAUCGUCGUCCGGGUUCUGUACCGGCGGGUCGAGCAUCAACGGGCGAUCGUCGAGCAUUUGACACAUUAGCCGGUCCGGGAGUGUUUCCAGUGGGGAACUUCCGGAUGGGAACGGCGGCGAGUUGGUUACGGUUUUCGACGGAGGGUUUUUGGUGGAUGGGGCGGGACCGGAGCCGGUUAGCGUUUGACCGGAGGGAGGAGGAGGGGGAA